AUGCACUUCUCAUUUCCAACCACCGCAGGAAUCCUUGCACUUAGCGCCACUAUCGCGCAAGCGACCACUUUCCACAACAAAGAUACAGCCUACACUAUCAACGUCGCCCAGAAAGACGGCAGCACUAGUUAUGUCGGGCCUAGCAGCAGCAUCGAGAUCUCUGACGGCUGGGCAUAUAUCCGCGUCUGCCAACCGCAGAAGGCAGGAGACUGGUUCGUUUGCCGACCCGGUGAGGUGGCCUGGCCGGAUUGGUAUGGCGAGGUGUUUUGGUAUCUAGGCGGAUUGACCGAUGCAAGUGUAGCGAAGAUUCAGAAGAAAGUGGCUAAUGGGUUCUGGGGCUGGAAUUAA